GCAGAGAACAAAAACAUACAAAACUUUCACUUGUUCAAAAAAUGGCGUCUCUCAAGGUUCCCGCCAAUGUUCCUCUUCCCGAAGAAGACGCUGAGCAACUCAACAAAGCCUUUAAAGGAUGGGGAACCAAUGAGGGGAUGAUCAUAUCAAUCUUGGCUCACAGAAAUGCACCGCAACGCAGUUUCAUUCGUGCUGUUUAUGCUGCUAACUACAAUAAGGAUCUUCUCAAGGAAUUAGACAGAGAGCUUUCCGGUGACUUUGAGCGAGCUGUGAUGUUGUGGACUUUUGAACCAGCGGAGAGAGAUGCUUAUUUGGCAAAAGAAUCUACCAAGAUUGCCAAGCAAGCAUACCAAGCCCGUUACAAAACCUCUCUCGAGGAAGACGUCGCAUACCACACAUCUGGAGACAUUCGAAAGCUCUUGGUUCCUCUAGUGAGCACUUUUAGGUACGAUGGAGAUGAAGUGAACAUGGUGCUAGCUAGAAUCUUGACAACAAGAAGCAAAGCUCAAAUCAGCGCAACUCUCAAUCACUACAAAAACAAUUUCGGAACUUCCAUGACCAAAUACCUAAAGGAGCAUUCGGAAAACGAAUACAUUCAAUUACUCAAAGCCGUCAUCAAAUGCUUGACAUAUCCAGAGAAGUAUUUCGAGAAAGUUCUACGUCAAGCCAUCAACAAAUUGGGAACAGACGAGUGGGGGACUUACGAGAGUGGUCACUACACGAGCAGAGUUCGACAUGGAACGGAUCAAAGAGGAAUAUUUACGCAGAAACAGAUGUGGAACCCAAUGAGGGAUGAUCAUAUCAAUCUUGGCUCACAGAAACGCAGCACAGCGCAGCUUCAAUCCGCGCAGCCAAGCAAGCAUACCAUGCUCGCUACAAGACAUCUCCCGAGGAGGAUGGUCGCAUACCACACAUCUGGACAUGUUCGAAAGCUAUUGGUUCCUCUUGUGAGCACCUUCAGGACGAUUCCAACGAUGAUUAUUGUUCAAUUACUCAAAACCGCGAUCAAAUGCUUGACAUAUCCUGAGAAGUACUUUGAGAAGGUUCUACGUCGAGCCAUCAACAAGAUUGGAACAGACGAGUGGGCACUUACUAGAGUGGUCACUACGCGAGCAGAGGUCGACAUGGAGCGAAUCAAAGAGGAAAUACUUACGCAGGAACAGCGUUCCUCUUGAUCGAGCCAUUGCUAAUGACACUUCUGGUUACUACAAGGAUAUGCUUCUCGCCCUUCUUGGACAUGACCAUGCUUGAAACAACAUCAUCGUUUCAUUGUCUGUUAUAAAACAGUUGUGAUUUG